AUGAAUAUCGUGAAUACUGUGGCUGCCCGUUUGAAGACUCCUCUGGGAGUUUCAGGAGCUGGGGUACUUGCCAUCCAUCCCAGCAGCGCGGCCAGGGGCGUCAGAGCGAGCUUGACAGGGGCGAUCGUCAGCAGAGACAGGAUUAACGGAAAGAUACAAGAGAGGCCUUUGAAGGCUGUUAAACGGAUGGAAGAUGAAGUUGAUUGGAAGCGCACAGCAGAGAAACUCCAGCAGGAAAUCGAGAUAUGGAGAUCGAAAGAGGAAAGUUCCAGGAAAGAGCUUGCCGAAGCAAAACGGCGGGAGGCCGAUCUAGCCAAAGAGCGCGCGUUGAUGAAGACACUGUUAGACACGCGGAGGCAAGAGCUGCACGAUGCUCAGCGCUUCCUCGGGACAGCGGAACCCAUUUCGGAGAGCAAUAUCGUACAGGAUAUCCGCCGAAUAAAUGCAGAAAUAUUCAAUCUGGCACGAUCGGCCGCUGACCAGAUCCAACGAGACCCGAAACGACAGACUCGCCGAGACGCCAAAGCGCAGGUGACAAGUGUCCUUGGUGAGAAUUUCACGCGGCACCUACAGACCAUGAGCUCCCAGGAUGAUACAAUCCUGCUCGAGAUUGCGAUGCAAGCUGCCGUUACACGUUAUAUCUCCCAAAUGAUAUCAAACUGGUAUUCCAAUGGCGACGGAAAUGCUGCAUUUUCCAUCGUUCACGAGCUGAUACGCCAGUCAGAAGAGAAUCAAAGUGUAGCAGGACAGUGGCGCGCGUUAACGCGGAGAUACGCGCAGCCCACUCCUUUAGAUGCACAGCAAUUCGAAAAUGACCAUAUCAGGAGGCUCUCUGUGCUGCUGUCACAGAUUCUGCAGGUCGCGGGAAUGAGGGAAUCCAUAGGUCAGGACGCACAGGAAAUUCUACAAAUCAUCGUGCGCGCCGCAUUGGAUAUUCGGCGCGUCACCGGGGAGGUCAUGGUUAGCAGCGAUUAUGAAAUUCCGCCAAUCGCGGUGGAAGACAUCUUCAACUCACAGGAGAUGCAUGAUGCAUACCGGGAAAAAGGAAUCAAAAGGGCCACAGGACUCCGAGUCUGGUGCUGCACGACGUUGGGGCUUCGACGGGUCGAGAAGCUUCCACAUGGACUGCACCAAGUAGUUCUGAUCAAACCGGAAGUUGCGCUCGAGACUUUGAUGCUUGACUUGGGAAUCAUGCACGAUGGUGCGGGUAUCAGAUCUGCUUAG